UCCUUGUGACUCUGGGGAUCGCUGUCUGUUUGGACCAUCUCAUGAUUCCAAGUUGGCUUAGUCUGGAUCCAUCUGUUUUGACUAUGAUGAAGAUAAACAACUGUUUAUUCUCAAAGGACUUGGUCUAUAAAAUUAGCAUCAGAAUUAGAUUAGAUUUAAUGGCCAAGUAUGUAACAACACACGGGGAACACACUUCCACAUCACGCACCCACCAGGCCGCACCGCCUUCCACUCCAUCAGUUAACAUCCAUGAAAGGGAUGUCAGACAGAUCCUCAAACAAUGAAAGAUCAACAAAGCGCCGGCCCCAGACCUCGUGUCCCCAUCCUGCCUCAAAAGUCUGCGCAGACCAACUUGUUCCUGUCUUCACAAAGAUCUUCAACAGGCCUCUACAACUGUGUGAAGUAGCAACCUGCUUCAAACAUUCCACCAUUAUACCAGUUCCCAAAAAAGCAGCAGUCUCUGGUCUUAAUGACUACAGGCCUGCUGCCUUGACAUCCAUGGUCAUGAAGUCCUUUGAACGCCUCUUGCUGGACCACCUCAAGAGCAUCACAGGUCCCCAGCUCGACCCACUGCAGUUUGCCUAUCGAGCUAACAGGUCUGCGGAUGAUGCCGUCAACGUGGGUCUCCACUUCAUCCUUAAACAUCUUGACAGCGAGGCUCCUCUCAGCGUCUCGCCUGCCAUCUCCUGGUGGAUCUAUAACUUCCUGACGGGCAGGACACAGCAGAAAGGACUGCUCUCCGUGGCAUCCGACUGUCAAACUCCUGAAGUUAGCGGACGACACCACAGUCAUCGGCCUCAUCGAGGAAGGCGACAUGUCUGCGUAUCGACAAGUAGCAGCAAGAUUGGAGCUUUGGUGUGGUCAACACAACCUGGCAGUGAACACUCUAAAAACUCUAGAGAUGAUUGUGUGUGGACUUCAGGAGGCAUCCUUCACCACAGCUACCCGGACACUGUCCAACUGUCUUGUGUCAACCGUCGAGACCAUCAAGUUCUUGGGAAUUGCAGUCUCAGAGGACCUGAAGAGGGAGAUGAGCAUCAACUCCAUUCCCAAAAAGGCCCAGCAAAGGAUGUACUACUUCUUGCAGCUUCUGAGGAAGCACGGCCUGUCACAAGAGCUGCUGAGACAGUUCUACACAGCGGUCAUCCAAUCUGUACUGCGUACCUCCAUCACGGACUGGUUUGGGGCCGCUACAGAAAAGGUCAAACUCAGAAUGCAACGGACAAUCAAAACACCUCAACGGAAUAUUGGCACCACUCUACCCACUAUUGAGGACUUACAUGUAACGUAAACUAGGUCCAGAGCAGCCAGGAUUCUUCUGGAUCCUCCGCAUCCUGGCCACCAGCUCUUCCAGCUCCUUCCAUCGGGAAAGUGCUACAGAUCAAUGCAAGUUAAAACUAGCGGGCAUUCGAACCGUUUUUCCCUCUGGCUUUUAAGUCAUUCGAUUCUUGAUCAGGGAACCUACUGUUUUUCUGCCUUGUGCCAUUGUUAGGACACUCACUCACAUCCUGCUGGUCCAAUCAGUAUUAGUAAUAUAUUUUGUACACUAUCGUACCAUUUGUCACUUUAGACUGCUCUCUUUGCGCAAUUGUCGCUGCACUGGUCUAAAACGGGCACCGCGAACGGGUAAAGGCACUCUGUGGGACGUUGACACCCUCUUCUCUUGUACCUGUUCUAAAUGAAGAAGAUUUUACAACUUGCGCGACUCUCAAGGAAUAGUUGAGAGAUGUCUCUUGUUCUUUGUUCUUGUUGUUUGUUCUGAAUAUCAUACCAGGGCAGCAGCAACUGCCGGUUUUUACACACUUGUCCAAUAAAUCUGAUUCUGAUUCUGGAAUGAACUAUAGGACUCCCAUCAGACCACCACCUUCUGUUAUUCUUGGUUCAAUGAAUGACACUUACGACCUUCUUGUGCAUUCAAAAUG